AACUACAUUAAGGACUUUAUAUCAACAAAAAAUUGUUACAAAUUAAAGAACAAAAUUGACGAGCUUUCUUGAGGGGGAAAAUACGUACAGAAUCAACCAUGGCAACCGCUCCACCAGCCCCUGGCAUAUACGUGCCGGUCCCGACCUUCUUCGUAGGCAGAAAAGCGGCGAAUUACAAUCCCGUUGCAGCACCUGUAGAUAUUGAUACUCAGGUCGCGCACUCGUUAUAUCUAGCAAAGGCAGGCAUCAAAGGGCUGGUUAUUCUGGGUAGCACAGGCGAGGCUAUUCACUUGACGAACAAGGAGCGAUCCGAGGUCCUCUCAGGAGUUAGACAGGCGCUAGAGAAGGCAGGCUUCAAGGAUUAUCCCAUCAUUGCCGGCACCGCGACGCAGAACAUCGAGGAGACAGUUGAGCAGCUCAAAGGUGCAAAGGAAGCCGGCGCACAAUAUGGCUUAUGUCUAGUCCCUGGAUACUUCGCCGGAGCCAGCACACAGGAAGGCAUCAUUCGGUGGUACUCGGCUGUAGCUGAUCUAAGCCCUAUACCAAUUAUGAUAUACCACUACCCAGGCGUCUCAAACAACGUGAAGGUUGUGCCAUCGACGUUCGUCACCUUGGCUAAGCACCCCAACAUAGUAGGAUGCAAGCUCUCACACGGCGACGUCUCAUAUCAUACGCAGAUUGCAUCCAAUCCGGCGAUUGACCAUUCAGCAUUCGCCACCUUCUCCGGUCUAGGUCAGCAGUUGCUACCGGUUGUGAGUGUGGGGGUUGUAGGUGCUAUUGACGGGUGUGCGGGUUUCUUCCCUCGCACCGUAGUACGCCUAUUCGAGCUGUCCCUCAAGAACCAGCCUACGGACGAAGAGGUAGCUAGGCGCCGGCUAUUACAAUUCAAGGUCAGCUCUAUGGAAGAGUUGAUCGUGCAGACUGGAACUGUGGGUAUCAAAGAAGCUGUUAGUAGGUUACGAAACCUGGGCGACCGAGAUGGUACUAGGUUGCCGCUACAUGGUGGACUACCGGGCGGUGAUGCUGAGUGGGCCAAGUGGAAGGAGAUAAUCGAUGCGAUGGAGGCUGAAGAGAACAGCUCCUGAGCUUGGACUGAUCCUGGAUGAUUGAUGAUAUUCUAGGAAUCUAUGAAAUUGUCCUGUAUAUAGGGCGAGGAUGAAUAUGGAUAGACUACCAAGUUGUAUAGUUAGUAGGAUGUUCAUAGUAGAACUUGAAUCAACAUUCAAUGAUUACAUAACUUCAAGUUUCACUGCUU